AUGGCGGUGGCAGCAGCAGCAGCGGCGACGAGUUUCCCGCGUGGCAGGAAGCCCAAGACUUCAAGCCAGAAGGCACCUGGGUCUGUAGCCGCUCCGGGUGAGGCGCUAUUCGGCAAGCGUGGGCUGGCCGCAGCAGACGAAGAGCAGCCCAAAAAGAAGGCCAAGAAAACAGCCAAGAGCGAGAAAACCAACGCGAAAGAUGAUCUCAAGGCCGCAAAGGCCACGCUGCUCACCUUCAAAGCGCUGCGCAAGGGCAUGUUACUGCUCGGUUGCGUGCGUCAAAUCACGGAUGGGCAGGACUUGAUGAUCAGUCUGCCCAACAAACUCAACGGCACGGUGGCUUUGAACGAGUGCUCGGACGAUACCCUUUUUAAAGUCGGACAGUUUGUACCCUGCGUAGUGUUGGCCACCGGAAAGACCGGUAAGCGCAAGCAGAUUCACCUGUCACUACGCACGUCUUUGCUCCACGCUGAGCUUAGCCCUGGAAGCCUCACUAAGGGCACCUCUCUGCAUGCCACGGUGUCGUCUGUAGAGGACCACGGCGCCAUUGUCAACCUGGGCAUCCGUGGCGUGCACGCCUUCGUGCCUCGCAAGGAGCUCACGACGCCUGCACACAAGGGUCAACAUCUAUUAGUCAACGUGGUGUCUAUGAACAUGCACACCAACACAGCGACAGUGACCAUCGACCGCAGCCAAGUCGUCAAGGCCGUCACACGCGGUGAUUCGUUUACCUUGAAGCAGCUGGUGCCUGGCAUGCUGCUCAAUGUCCGUGUCGAGGACGUGUUGGAGAACGGACUGAGUGUUACGUUCCUCAGUUUCUUCUCCGCCACAGUCGAGCAGAACCACAUGAGUCUGCCCUGUGAACGCGGCUGGGAAGAGUCGUAUCGCAAGGGUAUGAAGGCUCGUGCACGUAUCGUCAGCAUCGAUUACAUCGCCAAGCAGAUCACGCUUUCUAUGGCCCCACACGUGGUGCACUUGCAAGUUCCAGAGUCGCUGUUCUCCGCUGGGGAUAUUAUCGAAGAAGCCACCAUUGAACGGAUUGACGUCGGUAUUGGCAUGUUGCUGUCACUGAAGAGCCAGGACGAGGACGUCGACAUGGAAGAUGCCAGCGACAAGAAAGAAAACACGACAAAUGCUAAGUGGAAGGCCUUUGCGCCCGGAUAUGUUCACAUCUCCAACGUGUCAGACAAGCGGGUGGACAAGUUGGAGAAGAAAUUCACCGUGGGAUCUUCUAUCAAGUGUCGUGUGUUGGGCUUCUCGCCCUUCGACGCCGUUGCGAGCGUGAGCUGCACGGAACACUCGAUUUCGCAGACGGUGCUGCGUCACAAGGAUUUGAAGCCUGGCACCAAGGUGAACGGCAAGAUUCUGUCUGUCGAGUCGUGGGGGAUUCUGAUGGAGAUUAGCGAAGGUGUUCGUGGUCUGGUCACUUCGCAGCACAUGCCGGCCUUUUUACUGAACAAGAAGGCGAACAGCGGCAAGUACAAGGCUGGCAAGACUACGAGUGCGCGAGUGCUGCAUGUGGACCUUGACGCCAACAAGACGUACCUGACGAUGAAGUCGGGACUGCUCUCUUCGGACCUGCCUGUCUUGAGCUCGUUCAAGGAAGCUACUAUGGGUCUUAUCGCACACGGAUUCAUCACCAAGAUUGGCGAGUAUGGUGUGAUUGUCACCUUCUACAACAAUGUGUACGGUCUCGUUCCCAUGGCUGUAUUGCAGCAGGCUGGCAUUGAGAACCUGGAAGAAGCUUACGUUCCAGGUCAAGUGGUGAAGGCGCGAGUGACUCGUUGUGAUGCCAACAGGAAGCGAUUGAUGCUCUCGUUUGACACGACGUCCAACAGCUCAGGCAACAAACCUACUGCCGCCCCUGAAAUCGCUUCGAAGCUCGUGGGAACGAAGAUCACUAACGUCAAGAUUACAGACGUUGAUACCACGUGCUUCCGUGUGCAGACCAAGGACGGUAUGGAGGGCGUGCUCCCUUUCGUGCAGCUGACCGACUUCCCGCGCAACACGUCGCUUGUGGACAAGAUUGUAAAGCGCUUCAGUGCUGGCGACGUGAUCUCGGAGCCGCUGCUCGUUGUCUCUCAAGAAUCCGAUGGUGUAUUGAUGCUCUCGAAGAAGCCGCUGUUGCUUGAAUUCGCUUCUCGUAAAGCCAUUUUGCCGCGCACUUUCAGAGAUGUACAGGAGAAUGCUGUUCUUAUCGGUUACGUGACGUCUGUGAACGUGUCGAAAGGCGUCUUUGUCAAGUUUCUGAACAACCUCGUUGCUGUCGCUCCCAAGGGAUUCCUCAAGGAGCAGUUUGUUGGUCAGAUUGACGAGGAAAUGUUCGAAAUUGGCGAGACUGUGACGUGCUCUGUUGCGAAGAUGGACAAGGAGAAGAAGCAGUUCGUCGUUGGGUUCCAGCAGAGCAAUUUCGUGCUGCCUACGAACAGCACCAACAAGGCGCGUCCCGCCUUUUUCCAGGCAUACCUUCGGGAACAGGCUUCUGUGCGCAACGCUGCUGAGGUGAAGAAAUCCCCUUUUGCUUUGGGUAAAUCGGAGAAGACGGAGUUUGUUGGUGUUCGUCCGUACGGUGCUGUCUUCGCUCUGGAGACGGACGAGGAGACUGUUACGGUGCUGGUACCUUCGGUGACCGAGAAGAACAACGAGUGGGAUGAAGGCGACACUGUGAAGCUGCUGCUGACGGACUACGAUUUCAGCAAGAAUGUUUACUACGGAGCUGCCGACGAAUCGCUAGUCAAGAGCGGAUCUAAGAAGUCGCGAAAGCAGAAGCAACGCGUGAAGACUGGCGGAAAGAUCGCUGCCGCUACGGUCUUGGCGGUGAGUCCAACGGAGAAGUACGCGGUGGUGUCUUUUCCGGACCCGCAGAACGCUGAUCUGCUGCAGUUUGGAGUGGUGCAGCUGUGUGAUUUCUGGUGCCCGUCGCAGACCAGCAGUCAGCUCGGAAUUGAAGUGGGCGCUUCGAUAGAGUGCCGCGUGGUGCAACCUUCGCUGAAAAGUGUCUCUAACUCGACGCCGUUCGACGAUCUGGCGCUGCUGGCUUUGGAGGAAGAGGAACUUGUUGCCAAGACGAAGGCUUCUUCGCGCAAAACGUCGUCCAAGGUGCCCAAGUACACGCAGGAGGAUCUGGUGCUUGGCAACAUCCUAACUGGUGUCAUUUCUGGUAUUUCGGAGAACUCGAUGGAAAUUCGCGUCGAGACGCACAAAAAGGCUGGAAAGGUGCGCGCAACGGUGUCAAUCGUGGAUGUCAAUGGCAUCGACGAGAAAUCCGGCCACUCUCACCCGUUCGACAGGUACUCAGUCAACACCACGGUUACUGGCCGUGUGAUCGCCGUGUCGGCGAAGGGUGCCAACAAGCUUAAGCCUGUUAGCGAGGAGAACCCGGCCAAGUUUCAUGCUCUGCAGCUAUCUCUGCGUUCCGAGGAUGUGGCUGGCGACGAAAAGGUAGAGGAUGUUCAACGCUUUGUUCGUCCCGACUGGCUGGAAGGCAGUGCUGGCCGUGCGCUCCUGAAGGAAGGCAACUCGGUCGAGGGUGUCGUGUCAGACCAGGAUGCUGAUCAUCUCACGGUCAAGCUUAGCGGUAACGUCACGGGUACACUCAGCUGCGUCGAAGUAUCUGAAGACGUGGAUGUUGUACGCGAGUUCCAAGGCAAAUACCCUGUUGGCAAGCGUGUCAAGUGCUUUGUGCUCCAAGUGGACGAUGAGAAGAAGACUGUGGACCUGUCCGUGAUUCACGCUUCUUCGGCGCAGAGCCAGGCUGUUGUGAAGUCUGGAACCAUUGUGAAUGGUGUGAUUUCGACCAAGAAAUCUGCAAUUCGGCCGCCGUCGAUCAUGGUGCAGAUUGGAGUCCACACUUUCGGGCGUGUGUGUAUCACUGAGUUGCAGACCAAGUGGGAGAACGACAUGCUGGAACUGCCUAAGUUCUCUGUCGGAAAGGUCGUGCGCUGCGUUGUGCUGUCGACCAGUAACAAUCACAUCGACCUGUCGCUGCGUGAAGACGCUUUGGACAGUCCGAAGGCGUACGCGAAGAAGUCUUCGAAGUCUGCUGAGCGCAACGUGGGCGACUUGGUCCCUGCUAUCGUGGCCACAACCACCUCGAGCGGAUGCUUCGUUCGCGUGGACCGCCACACGACAGCUCGUGUCAUGCUCCGUGACCUCAGCGACGACUUCGUCAAGGACCCGCAGACCCAAUUUCCUUCGGGUAAACUGGUUGCUGGACGCGUGACGAAGAAGUCUGACCGUGGAUUGGAGCUGAGCCUGAAGGCGUCUGUCGUCUCGGACGACGUGUCUGUAUUCAAGUGGAGCGAUCUUAAGGAGGGACUGACGGUGAAGGGUACGAUCACCAAGGUGCAAACGUACGGUGUGUUCGUUCGCAUCGAGAAGACUACUAUCAGUGGGUUGUGUCAUAUUUCGGAGGUUGCCGACGAGAAGGUGACACAGCCGCUGGACCAGAUCUUCUCGGAGGGCGACUAUGUCAAGGCCAAGGUGUUGAAGGUCGAGGAUCGUCGUGUGUCAUUUGGUCUAAAGCCUUCGUACUUCGAGGCCCCAGUCAAGAAACCGGUGAUAAAGAGAUCGAAGCCGGCGACGAUGGAGAUUGACCUGGGCGACGACGAAUCCUCGUCUGAUGACGAAGAGGCAAGCAAUGCUGCUCCGGUGGAGUUCAGCUGGGACGGAUUCUCCGACGUGUUGAGCAAAAAGGUGGACUCGAAGGAUGACGACGAUUCUUCUGAUGAGGAAGACGAUGAAGAGGAAGCUGCCAACUCGUCAAAGUCCAGCAAGAAGAACCGGCUGCAGAGUGACGAAUGGGUGGCUCUGCGCGAGAAGGCUUUAGCUAGCAACGAGGACGUUCCUCAGAGUGCGAGCGACUACGAGCGUCUGCUGGCUGUGUCGCCGCAGAGCUCGUACCUGUGGAUCCAGUUCAUGGCCUUCCACGUCUCGUUAACGGAUAUUGAUCUUGCCCGUGAUGUUGCCGUUCGCGCCACGUCUGCUGUCUCGUUCCGUGAUGAGAAGGAGAAGAUGAAUGUGUGGGUGGCGUACCUCAACUUGGAGCACGACUUCGGAGAUGAUGCGAGCUUCCUGCGCGUGUUCAAGAGCGCGUUGCAAGUGAACCACCCCAAGCGUGUUUAUUUGCAUCUGAUCGAUCUUUACGCACGCGCCGAGGAGCAUGAAGACGUGAAGCAGACGCUUGCUACCAUGCAGAAAAAGUUCCGCACCAGCAAACAGACGUGGAUCCGCUCGCUACAGUAUCUCGUUGGCCAGAAGCAGUUCGCAGAGGCCGCCGAGACGUUGCAGCGCAGCCUCAAGAGUCUUGCAGCUCACAAGCAUCUGCCGGUUAUUCUGAAGUACGGCCAGCUGCUGUACGAACAGGGUGAGCUGGACAAGGCCCGCACGAUCUUCGAAGGCAUCUUGGCUAAUUACCCGAAGCGCAUGGACCUGUGGAAUGUGUAUCUGGACAAGGAGAUCAAGUUCGGCGACGUGGCAUUAGUGCGCGCGUUGUUCGAGCGUCUCCUGGCUAUGGAGUUCUCGGCUAAGAAGAUGAAGUUUUUGUUCAAGAAGUACCUGCAGUUCGAGCAGGACCAGGGCGACGACGAGCACGUGGAGCACGUCAAGCAGUUGGCGAAGGAUUUCGUUGCUAGCGCUGCGGCCAAGUAGAGAUCGCCGCCUUUU